UUCCUGUCCAAGGUCGCGCAAUGUAAGAUGGUGGCGCGUUGCACCGCGAUUGUUUACAUCAAAUCGCUUCGUUUACAUUUUGUUUUCAACCGCUUUACACAUCCGCGCAGUGAUAAAUAAACCACAAACCCAAAUGAUAACACGCAUCCGCGAUUACUGCCAUGUGAUUCACGCUCUUUCUCCGUAAAAAACUUGUUACAAUCGGAGUGUUCGUAAUGUGGAUGCUCAUCAUAUCUCCUAAAUCCUAACACAAAUGUCCAUCCACGAUCUAUCCAGACUCGCCCGCUAUCAGUAUUACUUCCUGCUCGUAAUUUUAAUCGCAACAUGUGUGCCAUACAUACGACCGGUGCGAUCACAAAUCGCCGGUCCACUACUUUUAUAUUCAACCGGUUUCGAUAUAAGAAUAACGAACACCACUAAGACAACCGCCAAGAAUAGACCGAUUUUAUCAUUAAUUAAAAACGUUAAAGAGGGAUCAGCAUUUCAUUAUCACUAUAAGCAAUCAAAGAUAUGCUGGUUUGAUAAGCCCAUGGAGGCAAUCAAGUGUGCCUCAUUCAAUGAGACUGCUAUCACUGACCAGAUUGAGGUGAUCACCAAUCAGGUGGAUUCCCUGGAUGGGAUGGCCUGUGAUUGGCUCACAAACAAAUUAUACUGGACUGAUAUAGAUUUGAACAAAAUUGAGGUGGUUUCAAUGGUGGAUCAUCAUAGGAAAGUUUUAUUUUGGAAGGAUUUGGAUCAACCCAGGGCCAUUGCAUUGGAUCCACUCAGAGGGUUAUUAUUCUGGACUGAUUGGGGUGACGUUGCAAAAAUCGAACGCGCCAGUCUCAAUGGUGAUCCAUCCACACGUGAAGUCAUCGUUGACCAGAACAUUUUCUGGCCUAAUGGUCUCACCCUCGACUACGAUAGACAACAAUUAUACUGGGUCGAUGGACGUUUACUAUGCCUUAAAUGCGUCGGAUACGACGGAAGUAAAGUCGAGACUGUCCUCGAAAGUAUUUCAAAAUACCCCUACGCGUUAACUUUCUUCAACCAUCGUCUAUUUUGGACCGACUGGAAAGAAUGGGGUAUUUACGUCUACGAUAAUCACACGCGCAACAAACAGUCGAAAUUCAUACCCCUGGACACGGUUCCGAUGGAUAUCCAUGUCCUGGACGCACGUAGGCAACCAUACAAGUCGACGCCAUGCGAGGUGAACAAUGGCGGUUGUUCACAUCUAUGCCUGUUAUCAUCUACCUCACCAUAUUAUAGCUGUGCAUGCCCAAGUGGGAUUAAAUUAAUGGACGGAUUUCAAUGCGCUGACGCUCCGCAAGAACUACUUAUUUUCGCGCGACGUACACAACUCGGUUUAGUUUAUCUAGACUCACCGGAUUACACUUACAAAGUUCUGAAUUUAACGAGCAUGAAACACGCUGUUGCAGUAGACUAUGACCCUGUGGAAGGGUACGUCUAUUGGACGGACACAAACUUCUCGAAAUUACAACGCGCUAAACUCGAUGGCAGCGAACAAACCGAUUUGUCUUAUGAAGUGGUAAGUUCGGAUGGUAUUGCAAUAGAUUGGAUUGCGAGGAAUAUUUACUGGACAGAUUCAUCAUUGGAUCGCAUAGAGGUCGCUACUUUAACUGGAAAGUUCAGGAAAGUGUUGAUUUAUGAAGGAUUGAUUAAUCCUAGAGCGAUUGCAGUCGCGCCUUAUCAUGGGUAUUUAUUCUGGACGGAUUGGAGCGAAAAGUUUCCUAAAAUUGAGCGUUCAACAUUAGAUGGUAAUAAUCGCAUUGUAUUGGUUUCGGAAAACUUGGGAUGGGCGAAUGGCCUUGCGCUGGAUAUGGACAAGGAGAGGAUUUAUUGGUGUGAUGCCAAGAGUGAUAAAAUCGAGCAUGCUAAGUUCGAUGGAACUGACAGAAUGGUACUGAUUGAUGAUAAUAUCCCGCAUACUUUCGGUUUGUCUAUUUGGGAUUAUUUAUACUGGACUGAUUGGCAACGCAGGACUAUUGCACGGGUUAAUAAAGAAACCGGUGGGAAUCGUGAGCAUAUCCUCGAACAAAUCCCCAACAUAAUGGGUCUGAAAGCAAUAAAAGGCACGCGGUACGUCCCCGACAACCGCCCCCAUCCAUGCGCGUCCCAUGAAUGCGACCAGAUCUGCCUUAACGUGCGUGGAAACCGCACAUGCGUAUGUCAAUUCGGCUACGAAUUGCAAGCCGAUGGAAAAACGUGUCGAAUUCCAGACGCGUAUCUCCUCUACACUAAAAAAGACGGUAUUUCUCGUGUAAGUAUAGAGCAGGCGAAUCGCACCGGUGAGCGUGAAAUGUUUUUACCCAUCGGAGGAAUAAAAAACGCCAGCUCAAUGGAUCUGGAUGUGAAUGAUAUGCGGGUUUAUUGGAGUGAUAUCCGCCAACGCAUAAUCAUGCGUUCGUAUAUCAACGGUUCGGAUCCACAGAAAGUGGUUGAAUUAGGUUUGCAAUCACCGACGAGUUUAGCUGUUGAUUGGGUUGCCUUGAAUGUAUAUUGGGCUGAUCCAGCUCUGCAUAGAAUCGAAGUUUCUAGACUGGAUGGAUCUAGUAGGAGAGUAUUACUCUGGCAGGCGAGUAAUGUAGAACAACACUUUAUUGUCUUGGAUCCACAAGAGGGUUACAUGUAUUGGACUGAGUUGGCACCAUUGGACGUACCUAAUAAUGUGAUUAAAAAGGCGGCUAUGGACGGAAGCAAUCCGAAGAGUUUGAUUGUACUUACAGGAUUUCCCAGCGGGUUUGCAAUUGACUACGAACGGAGACGACUGUUUUGGGUCAUAGCCCGCCCGACAGCAGGAAUAUUCACUUCGGAUUUAAAUGGAUUAAACAAAGCAACUCUAGUGGAUGAUUCCGAAUUAUAUCGGCCUGUUGGAUUGACAGUCUAUCAAGAUUAUAUCUACUGGACGGAUAUAAUAUCCUCGAUGGAUACGAAAGUAAGUAAGAAUAAAACACCGCAUGGACCUUUAGCUCAAGUCUUCCGCGCUAACAAGAUAACAGGCGGUAACAAAACGAGCAUUCAACAAUUGUGGUCGUAUCCCACCGAUCUGCUCAUCGUGUCGAACACGAAACGCAAAACCAUCACCAAUCAAUGUGCCAUAAACAACGACUGCUCACACUUGUGUCUUGCUCUGCCGGAUAGCGAUCCGAGUUAUACAUGCGCAUGCCCAACGCAUUACUCCCUACGGAAUAACACCUGCGUCCCACCGAAGCGUUUCAUGGUUUACAGUCACAAGAAUCUUGCCGUGCGUCUUCUACCAGACACUUCAGAAUGUCUCGAGGCGGUUUUACCCAUUCAAGGGAUGAAAAUUGUGCGGGCUAUUGACUUUGACCCGCAUUUACAGUUUCUCUAUUGGAUUGAAGGUAAAGCCAGGUCUAUUAAACGCGCGAAAACCAUUGGUACGCAUGUAAGUGUAGUCAUCAUGGGUCCUGCUCAAAUAGACCCUUUUGAUAUCGUCAUUGACGCAUUGGGCAGACUGCUUUUUUGGUCCUGUCAGAACCAAAACGUGAUUAAUGUUACAAGAGUCGAUAAUAAUUCAACUGUCGGGGUUGUUUCACGCGAUGAAGGUGAGCGUCCACGAUUGUUGGCGAUACAUUCAACGCGGCGGUUGUUAUUCUACACGGAAAUCAGUGAUCCACCUAAAAUUAUCCGGCGGAAUAUGGAUGGGUCCGGUAGGAAGGUAAUCGUUCCGAAGGCGUCGAAUGUUUUAGCGCUGGCGGUCGAUGUUGAGAAUGACCUUGUAGUCUGGGCCCAAGGGCGUGUGAUACACAAGUGCAAUAUUGACGGCACUGGAAGGAAACUCCUGCUGAAUGAAACUUCAGCGAACAUUAAUCAACUUACUGUAUUGAAUGGAUGGUUGUAUUAUUUGGACAGUGAUAGUCUGAAGCGUAUUGAAAUGAUUGGAGGUAAUACCAGUGCUGUUGUUGUGGAAAUGGACGCGGAUGUUUCCGAUCUUAUCGCUGUAUACGAACCGGAGAAGAAUCACUCCUGCGCGACGAAAAGAUGUUCGCAUAUUUGUAUUUUGAACGAUGAUGGUGAAGCGGAGUGUUCUUGUCCGUUGGAUUUACAAUUAAUCGAAGAUGAAAUGCAGUGUGUGGUUAAACCUGACUGUGGCAGCGGCCAUUUUACCUGCAAUGUGCAACAGCCGAAUAAAAAGGAUUGUAUACCGAUUUCGUGGAAGUGUGACGGGCAGAAAGACUGCCCUGAUGGUUCCGAUGAAGAAGGAUGUCCGGAUGUAUGCAAACCGCAGGAGUUUAAAUGCGACAAUGGCGAGUGCAUUGAUCGCAAACACCAGUGCGAUAAUGAGCCGCAUUGUAAGGAUAAAUCCGACGAGACGAAUUGCUGCAAAUCGCCGCAUGAGUUUCAAUGCCGCGGCACGCAGGUUUGUAUCAUGCGGAAUCUGCUCUGUGACGGAAUCGAUCACUGUGCGAAUGGUGAAGACGAAAUGGCGAGCGUGUGCAAAUAUGCACCGUAUGCUUCCCCACAUGCAAGCAUGUCGAAUAUCUGGAUCUUCUUGUCUGUGGUCGGCGUGAUUAUUAUUUUCCUCGCAGCGUAUUAUUAUAUCAAAAGAGCGAUGUUUUUGAAUCAGGAAGCGGCGAAUGUCGUGGAUCAUGCGCAGGAUCCAUUGAACCCCACGCAGGCGCAGGCGCAGAUGAAGAUACAAAAGAUGCGCAAUAAAUGUAUACCGGAUGUGGUGCACAUGUCAAUGCUAGCGGGUUCACAAGCGUGUAGUUAUGACCGCGGACACAUCACAGGAGCUUCCAGCAGCACCAAUGGUUCUAGUCUGGUUUGUUAUCCCAGAGAAACGUUGAAUCCACCGCCGAGUCCGGCAACUACAGCGGCUAGCACGCGUGCGAAUUCACCUACAUCACGUUACAGACCUUAUAAGCAUUAUAGGUCCAUUAACCAACCGCCUCCACCAACGCCAUGUUCGACUGACAUAAACGACGAGAGCGAUUAUAAUUAUUCAAGUCGUAGUCGCUACGAUGACAGGCGGUACGACGGGCCGUUCCCACCGCCGCCGACGCCAAGAUCUCAUUGCAACAGCGAGAGGGAGAGUUGCCCGCCGUCGCCCGGCUCUCGGUCCUCGACGUAUUUCAGCCCGCUGCCGCCUCCACCGUCACCGGUGGCGUCGCCCGGCUUGCACUAUGACUCUUAGCUAAUUGCAUUUUUAUUUUUAUCGUAAUAACGUUUAUAACUAACUAUUCUAGGUUUUGUUAUGAAAUCAAAAUUUUCAAGUGCCUUUCAUUUUUCGUUGUACAUAUCAAACAUAUUUUUACAAGAUGAUAUUUUUGGAUGAGAUAUUAAUAACGUGCGUUAUUGACAAUAUAUAGCUAUAUAUACAAAUGAAAGAA